AUGGUGGGGUGCUGUAAUGGGCUGGUCUGUUUUCUCCAGAAACAAAGUUUUUUCUUGUGGAAUCCGGCCACUGGAAUCUCCAACAAAUUACCGGAAAUAGUGAUAGAGAAUGGAGAUAGAACCUCGUCCGUUUACAAAUAUGGGUUCGGUUGGGAUGAAUCGAAUGGUGCAUACAAGGUGUUUGCCGUUUUUGCUAGCAGACUUCACGAGAGUAUGUGCAAAGUUUAUAGCUCGAAGACAAAUUCAUGGAAGACAGUAGAGGAUUGGGAGGAUGAUAACGUAUAUGGUGAGGGGCAGUUCGCUAGUGGAAAGCUUCAUUGGCAUUAUUGGGAGAAGAAUGGUGGAAUGAAUAUUGUUACAUUUGAUUUGAAGAGUGAGGAGUUUGGAAAGAUGGAGGUGCCAUGUCCAUGUGAUUCAUGGGUGAGGUUGGGCGUGCUCGAGGGUCGCCUUUGUGUAGUCACUUAUAAUAAAACACACUUUGAUGCGUGGGUUAUGAAAGAGGAUUCUUGGGUGAAAGUGAUGGAUGUUCUUGUCUAUGAACCUUAUCAAAGUUACCUACUCUUUCCAACUGUUUUCAAAUGCCUAGAGGUAAAGAUUGGGCUAAUCCGUGGAUCGGUUAUAUCGGUUCAAAAUCUUAAUCUUGUAAAAGAGGAUGUGCUUCCUCUGUUCAACAUAAUCACAAGUUCCUUAGCAGCGAAUAUCUACGUUGAAAGUUUAGUCUCCCCGGUCUUUCGCAAAAAGGUUUGA